UUAGAGAGAGAAAGCGGUCAAAAAUAACGUUCUUCUGCUUGGACUCCCUCUUGACGGAAACGGUCUCUCUCUCUCGUUCUUUCUCUUUUCUCCACCCUUUAAAUGACCUGAAUCGGCUAAAAGAUUUCCACCAUAAAUCUCUCCGCUUUCUUCGAUCCCCCAACUCUAAUUUUUUCCUUCCUGCGUCUCCUUCUAUCUCUUUCUCCCGAGAGAGGUCGAUUCGUUAAUCAAGUAAAGGUCUUGAUCGAUUCUGUCCAUAUUCUCCUCUCCUUUCAUGUCAUCGGUGAGGAUCGCCUAGCAGGUCAUCGCCCUAAGUCCGGUGGGGAAAUGGAGAUCUUGAACGGGGUUCACCUCUCCGUAGCUGAAGUGCGGAAGUUUCCUGCGAAUGGUUCGGCGGAGAGAAAAGAAACAGCCGAGCCUGAGAACGGGUUUGAAGCUAAGGUUCAGGCCGGUAAUCAUAUUCCUCUUGAAGCUGAUGGCGAAAAUUCAACUGGAAACCAAGAUUUCAACGAAACAGAGGCGAGAGGCCCGGGAAACGGAAAGCAAGCCGGGUCUUGCAAAAGGAUUCCGACCACGACAGAGCGUUCGGAGAAGAUGAACGGAAGGGAAGAGGGGCUGGAGCUGUGCACCGAAAACGGACACUUGCAAAAGAGCCACAGUGCUGCUGGAUUGGCAAACGGUGAAAUUUCGCGGGAGAAUGGAUGGGACGACGUGACUUUGAACGGUACUCACGAGGCAGGAGAAAACGAAGACGGAGAAAACAAGAACCAAAUGGGCGAGAAAACGUCGGAGAACGGAGGUGAAACUAGAGUCGAAGAACCCCUUGAUGGUGAAAUAUCGCCGGAAAACGAUGUUUCCGGGGGCCAGCCGGGAACCGACGAGAGCAUGGGGGAGGGAAAGCUUGUGGUCGUUCCUCACUCAAAGCUUCCAAGGCCAGAGCCACCCCGCGGCUCCACAGAUCCGGAAGAGGCCCGUCACUUCGAGAGGUCACAAUCGGAGCCAGCCGACUCGGGAUCAAUCGGGCGGUUCUUCCGGGAGCGAUCGUCGGCCCUCCUUAAGCGAUUCUCGUCGUCGACCGGCGAUUCCGCCGAGGUGAUCGACGGCGUCAACCAGUUCCAUCUCCCCGGGCUGAAGGUGACCGUCUACCUGAAGCCACAGGGCCCAGAACUCCGCGGGCGAGUGACCUUCUUCUCGAGGUCGGGGUGCCGCGACUGCACCGCUGUGAGGACCUUCUUCUGCGAGAAGCGGCUGAGGUUCGUGGAGAUCAACAUCGACGUGUUUCCCGCGAGAGAGGAGGAACUCGUACAGCGGACGGGGAGCAGCGCGGUGCCGGCGAUCUUCUUCAACGAGAAGCUGCUGGGGGGCCUCGUGGCGCUCAACUCGCUCAGGAACAGCGGGGAGUUCGAUCGGAGGCUAGCCGAGAUGAUCGCCGACCGGUGCCCGGAGACCGCGCCAGCCCCGCCCAUCUACGGGUUCGACGACGAGCCCGGGCCCGAGCAACGGCCCGACGUCCUGGCCGAGGUUGUGGCGGUGCUUAGGCACCGGCUGCCGAUUCAGGACCGUCUGAUGAGGAUGAAGAUCGUCAGGAAUUGCUUCUCCGGGAGCGAGGCCGUCGAGGCGCUCAUCGAGCACCUGGAUUGCGGCAGGAAGAAGGCAAUCGAGGUGGCCAGAGAGCUUGCGAGGAAGCAUUUCUUUCACCACGUGUUCCAGGAGAAUGACUUCGAGGACGGGAACCAUUUCUAUCGUUUCCUGGAGCACGAGCAAUUCAUACCUAAAUGUUUCAACUACCGGAACUCCCCCAACGACGACGAGCCGAAGCCAGCAAUCCAAGUAGGUCAGAGGCUCACCAAGAUCAUGACCGCCAUACUGGAAAGCUAUGCAUCGAAUGACCGACGACACAUUGACUAUGUCCGCAUAAGCACGAGUGAAGAGUUCCGGAGAUAUGUAAAUCUUAUCGAGGACCUGCAACGAGUUGAUAUGUUGUCCCUAUCCGUCGAUGAAAGGCUGGUCUUCUUCUUAAACCUAUACAAUGCCAUGGUCAUCCACGCACUCAUAAGGAUGGGAAGGCCGGAAGGGGUAAUGGACCGAAGAGCACUCUUCCAUGAGUUCCAGUACCUAAUCGGCGGCCAGCCUUACUCCCUCUCGGCCAUAAAAAACGGCAUUCUUAGGUGCAACAGGCGGCAGCCAUAUUCGCUGGCUAAACCAUUUGGUGGGUCAGACAAACGCCUACAGCUGGCGCUCCCCAAACCGAAUCCCCUCAUCCAUUUUGGACUUUGUGACGGCACUAGAUCUAGCCCCAGGGUCCGGUUUUUCUCGGCAGAAAGCAUCGAGGCGGAGUUGAGAUAUGCAACCAGGGAGUUCUUCCGCGAGGACGGUGUAGAAGUAGACCUAGAGAAGAGGACUGUGUACCUGAGCAAAAUAAUCAAAUGGUACACUGCAGAUUUUGGCCAGGAUAGAGCCCUGCUAAACUGGGUCCUCAACUAUUUGGAUGCAACAAAGGCUGGUCUCUUGACCCACCUAAUUGGUGAUGGUGCCCCUUUCAAUAUCGUCUACAUGAACUACGAUUGGUCAUUAAAUGUAUGAGCCAUUUGCACCUGCAAAAGAUAUUCGUAUGGUAGAAACCAGAUGCAGAACAAUUGUUGAUGGUAGUUGCUCUGUGCAAACUGAUUGCAGACACACCACUCAAACAAAAGUAAGACCAUAUAAAAGGCUUGAUGUUGUACAUACUAGCGUGGAUUUUGUAACUUGCGUGCAUAGAAUUGCAGGUAUAUCAUAUGAUAAAAUUUGUGAAAUGAAAUGAGUUAAUGAUGAA